UGCACCAAACUGGAUCACAACAUUCUGCAAAAAGGCUUUUCCGAAUUACACUUUGUCCCUUUUCUGCUUUGGAUAAGUUCUUUUUUUGCAGUAAUCGGAGCACCUGCGGAUUUUAAGCAGCUAUUACAUUUUCAUACUGGACUGUGAAGCAGACAGUUGUUGCCGGAUUUCAAAAAGGAUCUGAGGGAAGAGGUCCAACACUAUUUUUUUUCUUUGCUGUGUAUAAAAACCAACCCAUCGCUCAAACAGAUUGACUCAGGAAUUUUCUAUCCUCAGUGGACUGCAGCAGUAAGACGUAAAAAAAGGCACAGCUAUGUUGGUUAUACUUCUCCUCCUCUUCCUCUUCUCCCUGGUGGCCAUGGUACCUCCCCCCACUGCUCCUCCUGUUGCCUGCAGACGCUGCUGUGAUCAUUUGGAGUCAAGCGAGGACACGGCAGCUCCCAGAGGAGGGUUCAGCCGUGCAACUGAGGUCCACACUUACAUCAAUAUGACCAUCCUCAAAGGUGACAAAGGAGAUCGUGGUGAGAGGGGUACGCCAGGCAAAACUGGACAGGAAGGGUUUUCAGGCCCCAGGGGGCCCACUGGCUCCAAAGGCACUAAGGGUGAGGUAGGAAUUCCAGGCGACUCCUGCAAAGUCCAGCAUUCUGCCUUUUCCGUCGGCCGCCGCAAGUCCCUUCACAGCCUGGAGUACUACCAGGUGCUAGUGUUCGACACAGUGUUCGUCAACCUUCAUGAUCACUUUGACAUGUUCAAGGGGAGAUUCCUGUGUCACAUCCCAGGUAUCUACUUCUUCAACGUCAACAUACACACGUGGAAUUUCAAGGAGACCUAUAUGCACAUCAUGCAAAAUGACUUGGAGCAGGCGAUCUUGUACGCCCAGCCCAGUGACCGCUCCAUCAUGCAGAGUCAGAGCGUGAUGCUGGAGCUGAGGGUGAGCGAUGAGGUGUGGAUCCGCCUGUACAAGAGGGAGAGGGAGAACGCCAUCUACAGCGAUGACAUAGAUGUCUACAUCACCUUCAAUGGAUACCUCAUCAAAGCCAGCAUGGAGUGAAGCUGAUUUCAAGAAGGAUGUUUAGAUCUACACACACACACAAAUUCAAAGUUGGCUUUUACGGGAAUCGAACAUUUUAACAAUACCUCUGAGAAAAAAAUAUUAUGUACUGCUCAGUUUUUCUUAAUUAAGCAAAAUAUACUGUAGUAGUAGUAGUAGUAGUAGUGGUAGUAGUAGCAGUGGUAGUAGUGGUAGUAGUAAUAAUAACAACAACAACAAUAAUAAUAAUAACAAAAAAUUGCUGUCUAAUAUUUCUGAAUAAAUAUAAAUAAAAAUUGACAUUUCAACUUAAAAACUGCUCUUUAUUAUAUGCCAUAAAACUAGAGUUAUUUAGAUUGUCUCCUGCAGUUUAUAAUAAAAUAGUUGCAUUUAAUUACAUUAUUGAGUAUUAUUAUUGAGGGCAACUCAUAAUACGUGUCUAGCAAAAAUAAAUAAAUAAAUAAAUAAUCUAAUCAAAUCUGACAGGUGCCUCACAUGUCUACACUGUACUAUACUUGUUUCCCCAGUUGAAAAGAGUCAGAAUUUGUGAGUGUAUAUUGAUGGGUGUCAUCGAGCUUUCAGCAUGCCUGCAGACAAUAAUAAAAAAUGACAUUGGAGCAAUUUAAUUAAACUAGAGCAAGUUUUCUACAAACCAAAGUGUCCUUGAGCCAGACACUGAACCCUGAAAAACCCCUCAACAACCAACUUGGCACAAACAUACAAAAUAUAUACAGUAUAUAGUCCACGGGCCAAGCAGGUUUUCGGUACCACUUAAUGAGACUAAACAACAUUUAUAAUCCAGCCUCAGUGUGUCAUGGCCUACUCAAAAAUGUAUGAUAUCAUGCCAGGGUGGUAGCUAUAACCACGUAGAGGUCUAUGAAGGGUUACACAGAGGUCAAGAUUUAAAAAUGCUCCAAUCAUAUUGAAAACUAUACCACAUUAUUUGUCUGAACAUUAAGAUCCCAAAAAGGUGUAAUUUGG